AUGCUGAAGCAGAGCAUCUGUGCUGCGGCAAGGAAGGGGGGUGCUGGUGCGUUGACCUCAGCGCCAGAGGCUGAGCAACAGUCGUGCUCCAAUUCACUUUUGCCCUACGCGCUUCGUCGUGCUGCCGCCUUUGAGAUGCUCUACGGCGGCGUUCGCGUGCAGUAUCUCGUGCAGCCGCCAUUCGUGCUUCACAAGAUCCGCAGCGAGAAUCUGCCACCGCCGUCCCUCUCUGCAGAGCGGCACGAUCUUGGGCUCGAGAUGCAGCUGCCACGCGACCUGCACGGCUACAAAAAUAUCAAUAUGGCCAUCCAACGUCAGGUCGGUGCAGAUGCGAGUACGCUGGACGGGGAGCAGCAGCAACAGCAGCUGCAAGACGGGCACGGUGACGGCUUCGACAUGGGUGCCUUCUUCAGUGAGCAGCACCAUCCUGAGCGGCAUCACAACUCCUCCUUGCCGUACACCAAGUAUGAUACGAACAACGUACUUGCAAUGCGGCUGUUUCCUGUCAACAUCGGUAUUCGUGCGCGUACGGAGGCGAUUCGGAUUCGCACUGAGGACUGCUUGCAACGCCUCCGCGACGCUGAUAUCUGCGCAAAGAUGCGCAUGCCGCUUGAGUACCCCCUCCCACUGAGCCGCCGCAGUCAGUACGCGGCAGUAUAUCGCGCGACACGAGAGGGUCGCUACGAUACUCCGGCAGAGGAGGCCGACGACGCGUCGCGAACGGCGCAUCUGCGCGGCGCCGCAGCGCACCCACCACCCUCAGAACUCUCCAUCUUCACUCGGCCAGUUGACCGCCUCGGCAGUCAGAGCGGUAGCACCACUGUUUGCACCCUACACGCAGACCACACGAGCUUUCCGGUGCACCCCUUUGCGGCUGCCGCCUUGGACAGCGGUCACGGUGCGCGCAGUAGAAGUAGUGCCCCACUCUCAUCGCAGCGCUGGCUGCCGUUGCAGAUGCUGAAGCCGAUGGGACACAGCUGGAGCGCCGCAAUGCGCAGCAGUGGGGUACGCGGGCCGCACAUGCAGCUCAUGCAAGAACGGCUUGACCAGAAAGGAUUUGGCUGGAAACGCAAAUCCCGCUCGCUCUGGCAGCAGGAUGUGGCGACGGCCGGCUUCCGCCCGCAUCGCUACUUCUAA